ACUAUGGCGUUUUCAUCGACUUCCCGUAAUAUGAUGAGCGAUAUACUAGCAAAAGAAGAAUGCACAGACCUGGAAAUUGUUUGUCAAGACCAGACAUUCAAGGCGCAUCGAGUCAUCGUCUGUUCACAAUCCCCCUUUUUCGGGGUAGCAGUUGUUGAACGUUCACAGAAUGUCAUUAAGUUUGGUGGUCCUCCCAGUGCUAUUAAGCGCGUGCUGUCGUAUCUAUAUACUGGAGACUACGAUUUGGACGAGCAAACUCCAAUAGGCUCUGAUUAUAACGAAACUGCCUCUAUUGCUCAACUGGAUCAACCAAUCCAGAUGAGCGAAACCAUAGAAUAUCCUCCUGUGAAUACGAAGGGCAACGGUACAUGCAAGCAUUUUCGUGUUUACCAUGCAGCCCAUCUUCUUGGCAUAGAGUCUCUUACAAAUAUUUCGCGAGGACGCUUCAUAGGAUGGAUGGCUGAAAAUUGGGCAUGUAUGACAUUUGCAUAUGCUCUCUUUGACGCUCUUCGCCAUAUGCUUUUGGGGGACUCCAGAAUUCAUGACGACUUGGUAGGGGAUAGUGGCAGCCGGGAUCGAUACCCUUGUUCAGAACAAGGUCUUCCUGGAUGCCCUCAAAACAUUCAGAGAUUUUCAGUGCCAAGUGAUGAUGAAAUCCUUUCAUACAAAGACCGUGUUGAUAUGAAGCUCAUGAUUGUGAAAGAAGAGAUUGAAAAACUUGUUGAAAGUAUGGAGGGUGGGAAGUUUCGGAGGAGUCUCUCUGCAAUGUCGCGCUGCCAGAGCCGUGCUGCGAGUUUCAUCAUCCCUUUAAGGAUGCAGUCUGUCCUAGAUGCGGGUAGCAGAAUUGAUUCGUUUCUCAGGCAUAUGUUACGAAGUUGA